AUGCCCAGCUAUGGUUAUGGACCUCCCCAAGGCGUGGAUGCCGUGGCGAUGGUCGGAGGCGAGGAGGAGCAUGGUGUGCAGCAGCAACACGUUGAGCCAGAGUACGGCGGCGAGUUCAACUUCCAUGGGUUGCUCAACAUCGACGAGCAGGUGCAGAUGCAGGUGCAGCAGGACCCCGCCACCUUCUUCACCAAUGCUUACCCGACCAUACCAUACUACGGUUAUGGACAACCUGAAGACGUGGAUCCCGUAGUGGAGGAGAGUAAAGUAGAUUUCUUGAAGAUUUUAAAGAGUGCCAACUCCAUUAUUCCCCAUAUAGUUCUGGGGAGCACAAUUCUCGCGCUGGUGUACCCUCCUUCGUUUACAUGGUUCACAACCAGGUAUUAUGCACCAGCUUUGGGGUUCUUGAUGUUUGCUGUUGGUGUAAACUCAACCGUCAAGGAUUUUAUUGAAGCAAUAAAAAGGCCAGACGCUAUUGCUGUGGGCUAUAUCGGACAGUUUGUCAUCAAGCCUUUGUUGGGAUUCCUUUUUGGCACUCUUGCGGUUGCAGUUCUUAAUCUCCCAACUGCUCUAGGCGCUGGUAUCAUGUUGGUUUCAUGCGUGAGCGGAGCACAGCUUUCAAACUAUGCAACUUUCCUGACGGAUCCACAUAUGGCUCCUCUCAGCAUUGUUAUGACAUCAUUGUCAACAGCUACUGCAGUUUUUGUCACCCCAACAUUAUCUUACUUUCUUAUUGGCCAGAAAUUACCUGUAGAUGUCAAAGGGAUGAUGUCAAGCAUCGCUCAAAUAGUUGUUGCUCCAAUUGCUGCUGGAUUGCUUCUGAAUAGAUUCCUUCCAAGGCUCUGUGCAGCUAUUCAGCCAUUUCUCCCUCCGUUGUCGGUGUUUGUCACUGCUCUGUGUGUUGGCUCACCAUUGGCAAUAAAUAUCAAGGCUGUUUUGUCGCCAUUUGGAUUAGCCAUAGUGCUGCUCCUUUUUGCAUUCCACACCUCAUCUUUUGUAGCUGGUUAUCAUCUUGCUGGUACUUGGUUUCACAAGUCAGACGAUGUAAAGGCACUACAAAGGACAAUAUCUUUUGAGACAGGAAUGCAAAGUAGCCUCCUUGCUCUUGCUUUAGCAAACAAGUUCUUCCCAGAUCCACUAGUGGGUGUGCCUCCAGCCGUAUCGGUUGUGUUGAUGUCCUUAAUGGGAUUUGCUCUUGUCAUGGUAUGGUCCAAGAAAACAGAAGCCUAA